AUGGUUGAUCUUUUUAUAGCUUUGAGAGAGCUUAUGGAGGAAUCAAAUUUGCCCGUCAAACGAGAACCUCAACAAGAGAAUAAUGAACAUGAUGAAGUUAGAGAUGCAGGGCCUGCUGUGGCUGAUACAACUAAUUCGUCUCCCACCGCUGUUCCUCAAAACAAAUUGGACAUGUUAAGGCAAGAAGAAGGUGCUCUCCUUUCGUUGUUGUCACGACUCCGUUCGCAUCAACGUACUUUGCAAUUGGAACAAAACAAGCUGAAUGAGAUUUAUGAAAAUAAAAUUAAGGAAAGGGACAACAGUGAAUCGUAGAAGUUUAAAGUUUUUGUU